GAAAAGGCGGAAGUAGAGAUCUAUAUGGUUUAAUCUGCUUCUUGGACGUCUUAGUGAAACGCGUUAGUGGAGCUGAUGUUUUGUCAGCGUUGCUAUUAAACGAUGAGUUCAGACAAAUAUCCUAGAUCAUCUAUUGAAGAUGAUUUUAACUAUGGAAGCAAUGUGGCUAGUGCUAGCAUCCAAAUCCGAAUGGAUUUUCUUCGGAAGGUCUACAGCAUCCUCAGUGUUCAAAUAGUUCUAACAGCAGUAACUUCAGCCAUUUUCAUGUACUUUGAUGCAGUCAAAAACUUUUUUCAUGGAACGCAUCCAGCACUUUUAUGGAUUUAGUUUCUUUCCAGUUGGAAGUUAUUUACUGCGCUUAUCAGUACCUCCGGCAGUUUCAACAUCUUCUCUGAUAUAUUUUGCUUAAUAAAAAAACUUAAACCAAUCUUAAAAAAAAAAAAACUUAAACCAAUUUAAAAAAAAAAAAAAACUUGCAGCUGCCAGCAACUUUCAUUUUACUUCCAGGAUAUCAGAAUUAUUGUUGGCCUGAGUAACUGUUUUAAUUUAUGAAUAUUUUUCCUUAACUUGAA